CAAUAACAAAGAAAAUGUCAAAUCAAAGAUAACCUACAAAUCCUCUAUAAGAAAGCUAAAGAUUCAAACAUUCAAAUAAACAUGGCAACUUCUGAAUACUAUUUGGAAUUAUCUAACAACCCAUUACGUUUUGAAGCUGGUAACCAAUUAACAAAUGUGUUUUUCGACGACUCCAAUAAACAUGUAUUUGCUGUACGUUCUGGAGGUGUUAUGGGUGUUGUUGUCAAAGAUCUAUGCCAACCUGAUAAACCCUUGAAUUUCAGAAUGGAAGAUAGGGGUCCUGUGUUAUCUAUAAAAUUUUCUUUAGACCUUAAAAUCCUUGCUGUGCAUAGAACCAAUUCUUCAAUAGAAUUCAUGAACUUCGAUGGAAGUUCUCUAGAAGAAGAAUAUAGUCAAAGUUGCAAAAAGAAUAAUAAGAUUCUGGGGUUUUUAUGGACCUUCGAAAAUGAAGUAGCUUUCAUAACUGAUCAUGGUGUUGAAUUAUUCAAAGUUCUACCUGAGAAAAGAGCUUUAAAGCAGUUGAAGACGCUGUCACAUAAUUUACAAUGGUUUGUUUGGUGUCCACUCAAUAAAAUUGCUUUGUUAGCGUCUGCUCAUGGAUCUCAAUUACAACCUAUCAUAUUCAGACCUGGUACAAUCGGAAAGCUGCCAAAAGUAGAGAGUAUUUCUUGCAAAAUGGCCUUGGAGAGAGAUAUUACACUAGCAACACUGUAUGGAAUUCCUGCUAUCUUGAUACUGAGACAUCAGAGUGGACCUCAAACUGCUGAAGUUCAUAUUCAUGAACUUAGUGGUCCAGGACAAACCCCUAUCAAAACCCAUGUUUUAAAGCUUGGACUCUCAGGUCGAUUUGCAAUAAAUAUUGUUGACAAUUUGGUUUUAGUCCACCAUCAAGCAUCUAGAAGCUCUCAAAUUUUUGACAUAGCAUUACCAGGAGAAAGCGAUGGAGUUGUGAAAUAUCAUACUUCUGUAGCUGCAGCAAAAUCUUUCAAACCUGUAAAUUUAACAAUUCCCAGCUUGGAUGGAGCACAAACGCUACCUUGCGACUUAUAUUCUCCCAACUGGGUAGUGUUCCAACCAAACAUCGUCAUAGAUGCUAAGCUUGGGUGUCUGUGGCAUAUUAAUUUAUGCCUUCCUCAAUUGUGCAAUAUUAUUUCAGAUCUUGCAUUUUGUUGUCAGUUACUUCUAAGAAGAACUAAAGGUAAGCCUGUCAUACUAAAAGUAUUACUUGAGAAGAUUCAACAAGAGAAUCCAGUUCAAGAAAAAAUCAGAGAAUCAUUCAAUUAUAUCAACAAAGAGUAUAGAGAUUGGCUAGAAGUAGAAUUGCAAAAUCAAACUGCAUCUCCAGCUUUUGAUCCAAUUCCAAGCAAACCAGAAAUAAAUGGGAAUGUUAUCAUUAUAGAUCAAUUAGAGAUGUAUGAUAACAUUUUCCUUAAGCUAGAUGCAGAUGCUGAAAUGAAUAGGUUGGAAUGGGUGCUAAUAAAUUAUUUAACGUCUCUUUGUGAAUAUGAUAUAAAAGCACUGCCAAACUUGAAUGAAAUGAUUGUAUCCACUUUGGUUCGAAGAAAAAAAUUCGCUACUUUACAACAACUUCUUCAAUAUGGUGUUAUAGCAGACUCUAAAAAUUUAGCUUGUAUUCUAUUGUCGUUAGGAAAUGUGUAUCAAGCAGGAACACAGAUGGCUCUGGACAUGCUUUCACGGUUAGAUGCUAAGGAAGAAAUUCAAGAAAUUCUUCUCAGUCAAGGACAGAUUUUAACUGCUUUGAAAUUGUCAUCUGAUAAAAAAAAUCCCAGGAAAUUCUUACAAGCGGCUCAGGACUCCAAUGAUGAGCAAUUGUUCCAUAGUGUUUUAUACUAUUAUAAGAACCACCCAAUGCAUAGUUCUAAUUUCAAAAAGGAUAGUCGCCUAGAUAGUUUUGUACAUUUUUACAACUCAAUUUUUGAAGAUAAAUAAAAUAGAAAUGGAA